AUGGCAGACAAGCCCCAAAUCAGGCGGCGCUAUGAAGCCCAAGGGGGAGGCCUGCAGCCUAGGCGAGCUGUUGCUGCUGCUGCAGACCCGCAGCAGCAGCAGCAGCAGGGACAGCAGCAGCCGCAGCAACCGAUAGACCCGCAGCGGCAGCAGCUGCCGCCUACGCUGCAGCAGCAGAAUGCUGGGCCAUAUGCUGGACAGCAGCAGCAGCAAGUGCCGCAGCAGCAGCAGAUGCCGCAGCAGCAGCAGAUGCCGCAGCAGCAGCAGAUGCCGCAACAGCAGCUGUACGGGGGGUUUGCUGCACCAGAAACGCAGCAGCAUGCGGCGUAUAUGCAUGAGCAGCAGGGGUAUGGCCGCCAGCAGCAGCAGCAGCAGAUGCCGCAGCAGCAGCAGGUGCAGCAGCAGGUGCAGCAGCAGCCUUUCAGGCGUCAGCAGCAGCAGUACGAAUGGGCCCCCGAAGGUGCUGCUCCUUCCCCUGUGAGGGCCCCAGCACACCUUGCUGGGGGCCCCCCACCUGCUGCCUAUCAGCAGUAUGCGCAGCAGCAGCAGCAGCAACAACAACAACAGCAGCAGCUGCAGCAGCAGCAGCACCUGCAGCAGCAGCAUCUGCAGCAGCAGCAUCUGCAGCAACAGCAGGGGUUCCAGCAGCCGAGGGUCCCUUACAGUCAGCAGCCACAGCAGAUGUAUGUGCAGCAGGCGCCUUUCCAGCAGCAGCAGCAGCAGCAGCAGCAGCAGCAAGACUACAUGCGGAGAGCGGCUGAGGGGAGCAGGGGCCCCUUGGGGGCCCCCCAUUCUCAGAGUGCUGCUGCGAGGCCCAGCAAGGGGCCCCCAGAACCAGUAGAGACGAGGCACUUCGGAGAGGGUGGAUCGGGAUACCUGCAGCAGCAAAAAGAAGCAUACUUGGGGGGCCCCCCUUCAGCCCCCACCAACGCCUAUGCAAGGGGGCCCUUCAAUGGAACAUUGGGGGCCCCCAUGGGGGCCCCCGUGCCUUCUGAGGGUUUCUUAAAGGGGCAGCUUGGGGCCCCUAUGGGGGCCCCCAUGGGGGGCCCUAUGGGGGCCCCUAUGGGGGGCCCUAUGGGGGCCCCCAACGGCGAGAUGGGGGAGGAGAGGCAGCAGCAGAGUAGGGGAGAAGGUUUAUUUUCUUUUCGAGGUUUGUUGAGGCUGUUUACUGCGCAGCAGCAGAGCCAAGAUGCGGCAGCAGCAGCUGCUGCUGCUGCUGCAGAUCCUGCUGCUGCUGCUGCUGCAGCAGCAACAGGAGCAGAACAGCAAAACGAAUCGGAUGACCCAUUUGAGAACGAGCCGCCACUUCUUGAAGGGCAGACCACGAGCUAUUGA